UAUGACUAACUAAGCACGAACAAGUGUUGAUGUCACAUAUUUAAAAACGUGGUAAUCGCAUGAUGAACUUGUAAAUUUUUUCCUUCCACUCAUUUUUUUAAACAUCAAGUGGUCUUCCACUUUGUGUCUUAAUAAUGAAGUGACAAUAAUGACUUUAGAUAUUUAAAAUUAAAAAACUUUUAAGAAUGUUUUCCAUUUGACAUUUUAAUUAAUAAUAACUGCUCGCGUGGUGUGUUUGUGUUGAGAAAAAAUGGCAGCCGCUUUAACCGUAGAACAGGAACAAGCAACGAAAGAGUUUAUAGAGGCUGUAAACAAGUGUCGUGCAGGCAGAAGAGCAAGUCCAGUUUCCUGGAGCACAGCAGUUAAAUUUUUGGCUGCACGUAAAUUCGAAGUAUCACGGGCUUUAGUGCUUUACGAACAACACGAAGCAACAAGACGUCGUGAGGGUCUCGCUGCAUUACAUCCAACUCAGGAGCCACUUCUCUCUGAGUUGCGAACUGGGAAAUUUACUGUUCUGCCAUCUAGAGAUGCCACAGGUGCAGCCAUAGCUAUUUUUACAGCACAUCUACAUCUUCCACAAUGUACAACGCAUCAGACAACAUUACAGGGAGUAGUUUAUCAACUAGAUGCUGCAUUGGAAAGUGCUGAAACUCAAAAGCACGGAUUAGUUUUCAUUUAUGACAUGUCCGACAGCAAAUAUCAGAAUUUUGAUUAUGAUUUGUCACAAAAAAUUCUUACAUUGCUAAAGGGAGGCUAUCCAGCUAAAUUGAAGAAGGUUCUCAUUGUCACUGCACCACUUUGGUUUAAAGCACCUUUUAAGAUCCUCCGGCUAUUUGUUAGAGAGAAACUCAGGGAUCGUGUAUUUACUGUGUCUAUUCCUCAGUUAACACUUCAUAUACCACGGGAUUCUUUACCACGACGUUUAGGUGGUACUUUGGAAAUUCAGCAUGAAGCCUGGUUGCUCCAUUGUCUCAAGUCCAUGACGAAUCGAAGUGGAGGUGAACUUUGUGAGGUUACCCCACAAGUGGGUAGUCCUCUGUUGUCGACGAUAAAAUCAACCAUAAGUGUCAAUCAAAAUCCAGACAAUCUAAAUAUAAGUAAUCCUACAAGUCCUGUGACUGAAAAACAUAAAAUAAAAAAUGGUAAUGUGACGAUUGGAGAUAUUGAAAUAACAAAUGGAGAUUGUUGGAUUGCAAGUGAUGAAGCUCCAUCUCCUAUUCAACCACCCUCGUCAGCGAGUUCUGGAUUCAGCGACGAUGACAGCCUCCAUGGAGACUUGGGAGUGCAGGCUCUCACCAUGGAACAACUUAUUGAAGCUAUUCAUUCUCGUGGAAGAGAUGGACUUGUCGCUGAAUAUACGGAAAUAAGACAAAGACAGCCUGAUGGAACUUUUAACAAUGCUAAGUUAAAACAAAAUCAGCCGAAAAAUCGUUAUACUGAUGUACUUUGCUAUGAUCAUUCGAGAGUAUGUUUAUCUCAAGUUGAAGGUGAUGCUACGACAGAUUAUAUUAAUGCCAAUUUUGUUGAUGGCUAUAAACAAAAGAAUGCAUUCAUCAGCACUCAAGGACCAUUACCAAAAACCUGUGGAGAUUUUUGGCGAAUGAUAUGGGAGCAACAAACUCUUGUUGUUGUUAUGACUACUCGCGUUAUCGAACGUGGACGUACAAAAUGUGCUCAAUAUUGGGGUCCUGAACCAGGAGAUGAAGUUUCAGCAGGCGGAUUUACAGUGACAACACUUGAUGUUGAAACAAAUCCAGAUUAUACAAUAUCAAUGUUACUUUUGACCAAUAACAAGACUGAAGAAACUCGAGAAGUUUGUCACAUGUUAUAUACUGCUUGGCCAGAUUAUGGGGUUCCUCAAUCAGCAACAGCACUUUUACAGUUUCUUUCACUAGUGAGACAACAACAAACAAAAAUGUUAGCAAAUAGAGGCGACACAUGGGCUGGUCAUCCACGAGGUCCACCAAUUGUCGUACAUUGUAGUGCUGGAAUCGGACGAACUGGAACAUUUUGUACUCUGGACAUUUGCAUAUCUCGCCUAGAAGACACUGGAACAGUUGAUAUACGUGGUACAGUGGAAAAAAUUCGAGCACAGCGAGCUUACAGUAUUCAAAUGCCAGAUCAGUAUGUAUUUUGUCAUCGUGCUCUAGCAGAGUAUGCGUUGUCAAGAGGAAUGUUAAAUCCUCAUCAUCUUGCCAUGCUACCACCUACUGUUGAGGAUGAUUCUGAAUAGGUUACCAAGUUAGUAUUAGAUACAAUCGAUAUAUUCCAGAAUUGUUCCUUCCUACUACUAUUAAUCUUUUUAUAUUAAUCAGAUUACUCUCGUUCUUUGUCUUUCGGAAUCAAUAUUGUUUUCUUUGUGUAAUUUCUGAUUAUUUUAAAAUUCUAGUCUCAUCAAAAAAAAAAAAACAAUUGUCAAUAAGAAACGUCAAAAAUUAUUUAAAAAAAAAAAAAGAUUUUUUGUGUAACAAAUUUGUUGUGUGUAAAUUUUGAAAAAAUGAAUUAAAAUCCAGAUAAAAUAAUUUUACAAAUAUAUAUUUAAGCUUUUUUUUUAUUUCAAAAUUAUAAACAUUACAAAUGUGUAUAAGUCUAAGAAGAAUUCAUUAAAAUAAAACUAAUCAUUAAUAAUUCAUUGUCAUUGUUAAAAUUUAGAUUUUACAUCUAAAAAAUAAAUUAAAAAAAAAAAAAAACAAAUCCUGUGAUCUCUUUUAAAGUUACACAAAAAAUUGUGGAUGAAACUAAAUAAAAAGAAAAAAACAAAUGUCGAGAAAAGAAAACGAUAUCAAAAAAAAGAAAAAUAUAUUAAAUAAAUAUGAAUAUUUUUCAAAUAAACAUUUAUCUAUAUUGCGGAAUUAGCUAUUUUAGUUUUUUUGUAGAUUCCGAUAAACUUAUGUUACAAAAUGAGAGAGAGUAAAUCUUAGAAAUAUCCAUUCAUCAUAUAAGAACUUUUGUUUUUUCUAUCAUACAUAAAUGUUUUAUUUACACUGCAAGUCUAAUAUUUCCAAAGUGUGUUAUAAUAACACACAUAAAAUAUAUUUAAUAUAAACUUCCUGUAAUUGAAUUAUAUGAUUUGCAGUGUAGUCAUGGUCAUUUGGUAUAUUAUUACCAUAACAUUUUUAAUAGUAAAAAAAUCCUUUACUGAUUAUGUUUAUAUUUUUUACAAAACUUAUUGCUUAUUUUAUUGCUUUCUAGUAUGAAAAUUAUUUGAUUUUAUUUAGUUAUCAGUGAUUUUUAUUAUUCACCAUAAUGUGAUGUUGGAUGUUUCAAUAAAAGUCAGGCAUCUUAUGUGAUGAAUAUAAUAUCUGUGAAAUAAAAACGAUAGAUGUGAAAAUGUAUAAUCCUAAAUUUUUUCAAUUGUAAAACUGAAUUUUUAUGAGUAUCAAUAAGUUAUGCAGUUAUUGUUAAAUUGAUAAUUAAAUGAUAAAUAAUUCAUACUUAAUGAUGAUUUUAAUAGAGGAUGAAUAUUAUUAUAAUUGUUAUAUUAAAUUGAUGUAAAUUUUCCAAAUGUCCAAUAACUGCAUAGUUUAAUUAACUUUAUUGUAUUCUUUUUAUUUAAACACAUUUAAUAAUAUGUAAGGGCAUAAUUAAUUAUAAUUAAUUCAUUUAUUUAUUUAUGUAUUUGCUUUCAUUCAAUAAUUACGUUCUGAACGUUGUUGUAAUAUUUACAAGACUCUGGGAUCAGUAUUGUUCUUAUGUGUUUUAAACACACUUUUUCACUAUGUCAAAAAAAAAUUAUUGUUUUAUUAAUAUACAAUAGAAUUUUCAUACGUUAUAUAGUUUAUUUAUUCAUGAUUUUAUUUUAUUAACAAAGUAUAAUUAGUCCGUAGCAGAAGUAAUUGAAAUGGCAUUAUAAUUAAAUAUAAUUGGAUAGAAGUUAACUUUUUACAAACAUUGAAUAAUACCUAAUUCAAUAUAUUUAUUGAAUAUAAAUAAAACUAGAAGAGAGUUGAUAAGAUACUUUUGCUAAAGACUCGUUAUAUAUACAUAUUUUUUUUUUCACUACAAGAACUAGUUGUGGUAGGGAAAUUUAAUAUUUAUGUUCUUAGAAAAUGAAAAAAAAUGAUUAACAUUGUUAUGUUUAUAUGAUUAUUAUUAUUAUUAUUAUUAUUAUUAUUAUUAUUAUUAUUAUUAUUAAUGUAAUGCUUUACAUUAUUAUGGCUAUUAUUGUAACUCUUUUUAUCACUAUUAUUUUGAUUAAUUAUUGUGAAAAAUAUUUCUGUAAUUCUAGACAAUUAAUGUCGAUGUCACAUACCGGAAAAAAAUGAAGUAAAUAAAGAUGCUUUGUAUUUCGCAAUUGAGUAGAAACUGUCCAUUAAAAUUAUACGGAAAAAUGUACAACAUUUUCAAA